AUGUCGUGGGGAGCAAUCCUGUACGGCGCCAGGCUGGUGCUCCAGGGGCUGACGUACGGCGCCAAGCUGAGGCUCCGUCCGCUGGCGUUCUGCAGGGUCGCUCCGCCCCCCCGCGCGGCGCAGCCGCGCCCGCCCGCGGCCCUCCGCCGCGACAGCCUGGGGGGCCUCUGCGCCACCGAGCGCCUGCAGCUGGCACCCGAGCAGGCGCAGCUGGCCACAGAUGCGCAGACUCACGGGGCGCCCCGCUGGCUGCGGGGCAGCGCUGGAUUGGUUCAG